GAAACCUCACACUCUGUAUUAGUAUUACUAUCAUCUCCUCCACUACAGAGUUGAAUUCGAAAACAUCGAGCAACUUCCAAAUGGCACUUCGAACUGUAAUGACCAAAAGGACCUUGACCGGAGGUCUAGGGUUCCGGCAACAACUCCGCGGCGUACAGACUUUCUCACUCCCCGAUCUCCCUUACGAUUAUGGUGCCUUAGAACCUGCUAUUAGCUGUGAGAUCAUGCAGAUUCAUCACCAGAAACAUCAUCAGACUUACAUUACAAAUUACAAUAAAGCCCUUGAACAGCUCCAUGAUGCCAUCACUAAGGGUGAUUCUCCUACCGUCGCUAAAUUGCAGAGUGCUAUCAAGUUCAAUGGCGGAGGUCAUAUUAAUCACUCAGUUUUCUGGAAGAACCUUGCCCCUAUUCGAGAAGGUGGUGGCGAGCCGCCGAAGGGUUCUCUUGGCUCGGUAAUAGACACUAACUUUGGCUCUCUUGAAGCUUUAAUACAAAAGAUGAAUGCGGAAGGUGCAGCUUUACAGGGUUCUGGUUGGGUGUGGCUUGCUCUGGACAAAGAGCUGAAGCGCCUAGCGAUUGAAACCACCUCAAAUCAGGAUCCUUUGGUUACUAAAGGACCGAACUUGGUUCCUCUUUUAGGCAUUGAUGUUUGGGAACAUGCAUACUACUUGCAGUACAAAAAUGUGAGACCAGAUUACCUAAAGAACAUAUGGAAAGUUAUGAACUGGAAAUACGCUGCUGAAGUUUAUGAGAAAGAAUGCCCUUGAACGGAGAUAUAUACCGUGAUACAGAGGACAUGGCCCGUGUUCGUAUAAAUUUUGACUGGGUGUUUAGUGCCUAUGUAGUGGCUGGUUAAUGUACUGUGUGUAGAUACUGAAUAAACGCCUUUGGUUACUAGUUUUGCCCACGCUUUCUGCAGCUGGUCAUCCAAUUACAAUAAUACAAGAAAAUUUGCAUGUCUGGUAUACAAAGUUAAAAUGUUUAGUUGCCUUGUUGAUUUU